GCAUGAAAAAUAUUGAUUUGGUGGUUUUUAUAAUUUCCCAAUAAAACCCCGCUACUGCGGGCAUUAGAGGGCCUUUGGGGUAUCUAUAAUAUCCCUUGAGAAAAAUAGAAGCCAUGUAUUCCGGGCAUUUCAGGGCCUUUCCCCCACAUAAACACCCUAAAAAUCGCGACGCCCCCGUAUCCUCUUCCUCUUUCCAUGCUUAAGAAAAAAGAAAUGAGAAUUAAAAGUAAAGAAAAACACCCUUUUCCAUUGAAAUGUUUGAGAAUGAAGCCUGAAAGCCUUCACAACGGGAGGAAGUCAUCAUCUUCAAGCUUUUUCAAUCACAGAGUUGCAGAAGGCAGUGGCCCUCCUUCUCCAUGGCGACCAAAAUGAAAGGCAUUUUUAAGGGGAUCAAAUACAUUUCUCAGAUCUUUGUAUACAAAGAACAUGAAAUGGAAAUUGGUUACCCCACAGAUGUAAGACACGUGGCACACAUCGGAUGGGAUAAUUCCAUAAAUGCUCCAAGUUGGAUGAGGGAGUUCAAGACGGUGCCAGAUUUCUCUUCGACAUCAUUGAGUAACUUUGGGGAACCCAAGGAUCCGGAUCCAGAUCCGGGUUGUGUUGCUGUGCCUUCCGGUGCCAUCACUACGCCUUCUCCAGAUUUUCAAAAAAUUCCCAUGAUUCAACAGCCUUCCGAGCUUUUCUCAGACUCACACGCUUCGACAUUGCCGGAAAUUCCAAAGCGACCGAAGCGCAAGAAGCCAAAGGACUCAUCAUCCACCUCGAGAUCUUCCUCAUCCAAUAAAUCUUCAAAGCCCAAUGUCUCUUUGAUGGACAAGGAAUUGAGGGUUGAUGAACCAGGGCCAUCAUGAAGCUUUGAGAGACAAACCACUAUGGAUUGAAAAGCAUUCUUCUUACACAGGCUUUCUGAAAGAAAGACAAACCAACACUUUCUAUGUUCAGUGUUAGGAGCUAGCCAUUACAAACGCGAACCUUUUGAAUGGGAUCGUAGCACUGUUGGCUGGGCAUAUCAUCUUUGAUUUGGAUUCAAGAACCCUAAAGACAAAGGGACAGAUGGUUCAAUCGGUGCAAAUGCAACUGCAAUAUAAAUUGGGAGAUUUUUAUUUUGAUGUUU